AUGCUAGAGCAGCUCACCAGCCAGAAGCAGAUGCUUGAGGCGAAGCAGCGUGAGGUAAACCAGCUCAUGUCGACCCAGGACCAGUCGCAGGAUGCCUGGCAAGCAGAAGCGGCGGAGCUCGCCGGCCUGCAGGCAAAUCUGACGAAAGAAGAAGGGCUUUAUGCAGACCUCCAGAAGAAGGUGCAGAAGGAGAUUGCGCGGCUCACUGACCAGCAGCUGGCUGCCGACAAGCGCCUUCGGGAGCUCCAGGCGGCCUACGAAAAGAAGCAGGAGAAGGUGGAUCAGCUUCGAGAGCAGGCCGUGGCACGGGGCAGCAUCGCCAGGAAUGCUUCACAGCAGGCAGACGUGGUGCAGGCCAACCUGGCAGAGGCCGAAGGCCUUGUCAACAAGCACCGCCGGUUGGCGGAGACCUCUGAGAAGGUCUUCCUGCAGGCCAAGAUGGACGUCGACCAUGCAGAGCGGCUGUGUUUGGACUCCGAGCACGAGGUCGCCGAAAAGAAGGAAUUGAAACUUCGCGUGCUGGCCGCAAGAAGUUCUCUACAAAGCUUCUACAACAACGUGGACAACCUGUCGAGGUCCUUGGAGGGGAAGAUCAUGGAUCCAGAGGCUGACGCCCCCAAGCUCUUCCGAGCCGACCCGCUCGCGGCUGUGGCCCUGCGCAGCUACAACGAGAUGACCGCAAGCUUCAGGCGGCUUUUCGUCAAGUCCAAGGAUACCUACGAAGUAGUUGCCGGGAGCAUCCCGGAGAUCGAGGGCAAUGCCGAGGCGGCGUUGAAGCUGCUGUGUGACCCCUUUGAGGCCAUCGAGGAGGAAGCUCAGCGCGCCGGCAACAGCACAAUAUUCGAGGAGAAGUGCGGGCCUUUUCUCUGGAGCGACCUCGGGGUGGAGCGGCGGCCCUUCCCCAGCUUCGCGGAGAUGGAGCCUGGCAGGCAGGAGUCUGAGGACAUGCAGGAGGAGGAGCCAGAGUCUCCGACCAACAUGUGGAAGGACGAGGAGGAGACUGAGGAGACCCAGACAGGAGAUCUGCCAUCAUCACCAGUUGGUUUGCCACCGCUCCCUUUGGAACGAUUGCCAACGAAGACCACGCAUGCUCCCGAACCAGAGCCGGAAAGCAUGUCACCAAAGACGCCAGUUAUGGGUUUGCCGCCACCCCCGUUGGAUAGACUGCCGUCGAAGACGACUCCUUCUCCCAAUGCUGUACCAGACUGA